CCCUUCUCUUUAACGUCCUCUCUCUUCUUCAAACAAACAUCUCAGAGAGAGUAACAGAGACUAUAAAGAUUCUUCUACUUUGUCACGAUCGUCGAGCUGAUUUAGAGUGAACGAUGAAGCUCAUCUUCUCGAGAUAGCUACGAAGAGUUCUGUGAAUCUUUAUUUUUUUUUUACCUUUUUAGUGAAAUAUAAAAUGACGACGAAGAUGAAAGGAGGAGGAGGAGAGCAUGCUUCUAGAAGCAGCUUCACGUCUCGUAAAUGGACGUUAUUACUCUGUUUAGGAAGCUUCUGCGUUGGAAUGUUUUUCACCGAUCGGAUGUGGAAUAUUCCGGAAUCUAAAGACAUGUCUCGUCCAUCAGUAACCGAAGCUGAGAGAUUAAAACUCAUAUCUGAAGGCUGCAAUCCAAUAUCUCUUUACCAGAAAGAAGUUAAAAGAGAUCCUCAAGCUUUGUAUGGACAAGUCUCCAAUACACACAAUGCUAUACAGACAUUGGAUAAGACUAUUUCGAGUUUAGAGAUGGAGUUAGCUGCUGCGAGGUCAGUGCAGGAGUCUUUAACAAACGGUGCUCCUGUAUCUGAUGAUAUGGGGAAGAAGAAGCAGACGCAGGGGAAGAAACGGUAUUUGAUGGUUGUUGGGAUUAAUACAGCUUUUAGUAGCAGGAAGAGAAGAGAUUCUGUUCGAGCUACGUGGAUGCCUCAAGGUGAAAAGAGAAGGAGACUUGAGGAAGAGAAGGGGAUUAUUAUCCGGUUUGUCAUUGGUCACAGUGCCACGGCGGGGGGUAUUCUAGAUCGAGCCAUAGAGGCUGAGGACAGGAAGCAUGGAGAUUUCUUGAGACUUGACCAUGUUGAAGGGUAUCUAGAGCUCUCAGGAAAGACCAAGACCUACUUUUCUACAGCGUUUGCAAUGUGGGAUGCAGAUUUCUAUGUCAAAGUAGAUGAUGAUGUUCAUGUUAAUAUAGCAACUCUUGGAGAGACUCUGGUUAGACACCGGAAAAAACCAAGGGUCUAUAUUGGUUGCAUGAAAUCUGGUCCUGUUCUCUAUCAAAAAGGGGUGAGAUACCAUGAGCCAGAGUACUGGAAGUUUGGUGAGAAUGGGAACAAAUACUUCCGUCAUGCUACUGGUCAGAUAUAUGCUAUUUCAAGAGACUUGGCUUCUUACAUAUCAAUCAAUCAGAAUGUUCUACACAAGUAUGCAAACGAAGAUGUUUCGUUAGGAGCUUGGUUUAUUGGGAUUGAUGUUAAACACAUUGAUGAUAGAAGAUUAUGCUGCGGCACCCCUCCUGAUUGUGAGUGGAAAGCACAAGCUGGGAACAUAUGUGUAGCAUCAUUCGACUGGACAUGCAGUGGAAUCUGCAGAUCAGCAGAUCGUCUAAAAGAGGUUCAUAGACGCUGCAGUGAAGGCGAAAACACUCUUUGGAGUGCCACCUUCUGACAUAUAAAAGAAGAUGAAUGAAUCAAACAUACAGUUUUGUUCUACUCCCAAAGAAAAGAGGAAGGUCCAGCACAGCAGGAGAUACAAUUCUUUUUUUUUGCUUCUUAUUAGUAUCAUCCACACACUUUUGUAAACAUUAGGUACAUAGGACUAGAGAUAAGUGGUGAUAAAAAUCUCUGGCAAGGAAUCAUAUGAUUGCGUUUGUUGUCUUUUUGAUGGCUUUGGAAAUGAAGCAACUUGUGGAU